ACUCGACCGUGUAUCGAGCUCCUGUUCCACAUCGAAUCAUUUCGGAACUUCGGAUUGGAGGGGAAGAACAGACACUGAACAAUUGAGGAGCUUCUGGCGCCACAGUCUAUCUUGUAAGUCCCGUAAUGACGUACGGAGACGAGCGGCCAUCGGACAGAAGGCGCUCUCCCGAUCGGAUGAGACGCAACCGGUCACCUGAGCGUGACCGCGACACACAUCCCCAUCGAGACUCUCACUCCCACCGCGACUACCGGGAUGAUAGGAGGGCCGUGGACCGUGGUCGUGACGCCGAGAGGGACCGUAGACGGGAGAGAUCCCGCGAACGACGACGAUCGAGGAGCAGAUCCAGAGACAGACGACACGGGGAUAAGUCCAGCAAGCCGACAGAGGUACAGUGGAUCAGAAGCCUCAGGGAAAAGAACGAGCUUCCGAAUUCUGUCAUCACAAUCGAUGACGAGGACGAAGAGGCCAAGACCAAAGAAGACGUGGAUUCGAGCGGAGACGUUCAGAUAGUCAAGAAGGAUCCGCCGUCUCUCGAGGAAAUUCUUGCCAAGAAAAAGAACGAGGAGGAGCUGGCGGCAAAGCCGGUCUUCCGCACGAAAGAACAGCGAGCGGCGGACGCACUAGCUCGUCGACAAAAAGAAAUCGAGGAGCAGAGGAAGAAACAGGAGGCCGAACGCAGACGCCGGAUUGAAUCGCAGGAGGAAACGAUGCCGAAACCUCGCCACGAAGUUCGGGAGAGGGAACGUCGACGCGACGACCGAGAUGUGGGACGACGACGAGACGAUGACCACUUCAGGACACCCGGUACAAGUACUGAACGAGACAAGCUGCGAGAACAGGAAGCGAUCAAGGAUCGGUAUCUGGGGAUGAUGAAAAAGAAACGGCGAAUCCGGAAGCUCAACGACAAGAAAUUCGUCUUCGAUUGGGAUCCCUCAGAAGACACCAGCAAUGACUACAAUCCUCUUUACAAAGACCGACACACGAUCCAACUAUUCGGCCGAGGUCACAUAGCCGGAAUCGACAUAAAUCAGCAGAAGAAGGAACAGAGCAAAUUCUACGGCGAUUUACUCGAGUCCAGGAGGACCAAUCAGGAGAAGGAGCAAGAACAGGCACGACUCCAGAAAUUGAAGAAUCGCGAGGAGAAACAGCGCUGGGACGAUCGUCAUUGGAGUCAAAAAGAUCUGGCCGAAAUGACCGAGAGAGAUUGGCGAAUAUUCAGAGAAGACUACAACAUCUCUAUUAAGGGUGGAAACAUCCCCAGCCCAUUGCGCAAGUGGUCGGAAGCGCAGCUACCGUCGGAGAUCACGGACAUUCUUGACGAAUUGAAAUAUACUGAUCCGACCCCGAUUCAGCGACAGGCCAUUCCAAUCGGUCUGCAAAAUAGAGAUAUCAUCGGCGUCGCCGAAACAGGUUCCGGAAAAACUCUCGCCUUCCUCUUCCCGCUCCUUUGCUGGAUAUCCUCGUUGCCGAAGCAGGACGUCAUUGAAACUGCUGACCAGGGUCCUUACGCUAUAAUCAUGGCGCCCACGAGAGAGUUGGCGCAACAGAUCGAGGAAGAGACCAUCAAGUUCGCGAAGAAAAUGGGAAUACGAACGGUGGCGGUCAUCGGAGGACUGUCUCGUGAAGACCAGGGUUUCAAACUCCGCAUGGGAUGCGAGAUUGUCAUCGCGACUCCCGGUCGUCUCAUCGACGUUCUAGAGAACCGGUAUUUGGUCCUCUCCAGAUGUACGUACAUCGUGCUCGAUGAAGCCGAUCGGAUGAUUGACAUGGGUUUCGAACCAGACGUACAAAAAGUCCUGGAGCACAUGCCGGUGUCGAACCAGAAACCCGAUACGGAAGACGCUGAGAACGCAGCCUUCCUCUUGGCAAACUUCAACACGUCCCAGAAGUUCAGGCAAACGGUCAUGUUCACGGCUACGAUGCCGCCUGCCGUCGAACGUCUCGCUCGGACGUAUCUACGACGGCCCGCGGUGGUAUACAUCGGUUCUAUCGGCAAACCGACCGAGCGCGUCGAGCAAGUUGUGUACAUAAUGAACGAAGGGGAGAAGCGUAGGAAGCUGGUCGAAAUCCUCAGUGCCGGAGUCAUACCGCCUGUGAUCAUUUUCGUCAAUCAGAAAAAAGGCGUCGAUGUAUUGGCUAAAGGUUUGGAGAAGCUCGGCUUCAACACGUGCACUCUGCACGGUGGAAAAGGUCAAGAACAGAGAGAGUACGCCCUGGCUUCACUCAAGAACGGAACAAAAGAUAUUCUCGUCGCCACCGACGUGGCAGGUCGAGGUAUCGAUAUCCAGAAGGUGUCCAUGGUCAUCAACUACGACAUGGCUAAAUCCAUCGAAGAUUACACUCAUCGUAUCGGUCGUACUGGUCGUGCCGGUCUACACGGGAAAGCCGUAUCGUUUUGCACCAAAGACGAUUCUGGCCUGUUUUACGAUCUCAAGCAAAUGCUCAUCUCCAGUCCAGUUUCUAAUUGUCCUUCGGACCUUGCGAAUCACCCUGACGCGCAGCACAAACCGGGAACCGUCGUUACCAAGAAACGAAAAGAAGAGAAAAUCCUGAUCUGA